AUGGUGCAACCAAUAAAGUUAAGUGAGAUUGUUUCCAGUAGGAAAAGACGUAAUUCCGCAAACGAUAAGGCAAACAAUGGUACUGAUUCGGAAUCUGAAAUUGAUAUCAGUAGUACAGACGAUGAAGCAGAAGAAAAUAACAAAGUGGAUGAUGAAGAAGAAAUUGUGAAUAUUGAUUUCGAUUUCUAUAAUGGUAACCCUGACGUUGAUUUCCAUGCUAUGAAGAAUCUUUCACGUCAAUUAUUAGGGCCUCAAGAAAGUAAUAAGAUUCAAUUGAGUAAUUUGGCUGAUUUGAUUUUGAAAUCUCCUACAACGACUAUCAAAACUGAUGGUACUGAAUCUGAUCCAUAUUGUUUCUUAUCUUUCAUUGACUAUAAGGAGAACAAAGAUAGUGAUUAUGCGAAAUAUUUACAUAGCAAGAUUGAUUCCAAACUGACUAUGUUUUUCAAUAAUAUUGAUAAUUCUUCGAAUAAGACGUGUUCCCUGGUGAUGAGCGAACGUUUGAUUAAUAUGCCACCAGAAGUGGUACCUCCAUUAUACAAGAUUACAUUAGAAGAUGUCACGACUGCCCUUGGAGAUGAUAAACAUUACGAUUUCUAUGUUAUUGUUAGCAGGAAAUAUGAAGUAAAUUUUGACAUGGAUAAUGAUGAUACUGAGACACGUAAAGAUCGUACUAUUAGUAAUGAUAGAUCAAAAAAGAGAGUCAAGAACGAUGAAGUUGAUUAUUUCCAUGAAGAAGAUCGAUUUUUCGAAAAACAUGCAAAGGUUCAUUUCGAAUCUGAAUCACGUAAGGGUAUAAUUAGUUCUUAUAUGGUGAUGGAUCAUGAUGGGUUGGUUAAGAGUAUUUCUGAACUAGAACAAGAAAUCGCGACAUGGUAA